GACGCUCACGGCAGUGUAAACAAACAGUUGCGUCGUCUGUUGUACCGUUAAUUCCGGAAUAAACAGCUGUGUAACAAACAGCAGCAGUCGUCUUAUGCAAAAACUCCGGCAUGCGCUGUGAGAAAAGCGUAGAUAUGACGUGAGAAGAGACUACGGAGCUGGUGUUGGAUGUGACAAUGCUUGCUGAGGGAGAAUGGAAUCAAGGAAAGAGAAGGACUGUAACUUUGUGACAGAUCUCACUCUGGGUCUGGUUGACACACUCAGAGGCUUGGGUGGCGUGCAGGACGUGAGUGUAGUGGUGCGGGGAGGCGUGGAACGCGCCUCUGUGGUAGCGUGGGAGCAGCGUCACAAUGUAGUGCUACCGCCCGCCCUCAGAGCCUUCUACACAGCUACCGACGGUUUCAAGCUCACCUGGAACUACGCUACUGCCGGUAAAGUACUACCACUGGGGAAUAUGGAAGUUCACCCACUGGGGAGAGUCAACAGACUAGGGAGUGGCAGGGGAAGCGGCGACCCCCUGGCCCCUUCCAUCACCGACCUGGCCCUAGCAGAGGACCCCCCAGCUGCUGCUCCCCUGGAACCUGCCCCCCUUCGUCCUGGGGGGGCGGGAACCCCCCAUAUCCCACCCCCCACCUUCCACUCCUCUAAGAUGUUUGAAGUCGAUACUUGCCAAGGCUACGGUCGAGUGGUGGUAUCGUACCCAGGACGCGGGGAGACCUUCCCAGAGGGGUCGUACUGGUUCAUCGACCUGUCCCUGCGUCCCCAUCUGUUGGCACUCGACACCCACACAUACUGGCGUCUCCUGCUGGCCCACCUGGGCAUGCCCCAGUGGCAGGCACUAGUGGCAGGGCUGGGACUCACCCCUUGGGCCAGGCAGUGGUACGAAGUGGUAGCUGGCUACCUACUGGAUGGUCCCAGACCACCCAGGGUCUCCCAGGCCCAGGAACUGGUCAACAAGCUCGACUGGUCUGUCUUCAAGAACAAGAAGACACACAAGGUCAAAACGGUCAAGGACUCCCCUAAGGACGCCGCCAAGGACGCCAAGGACGCCACCAAGGACGCAGGAAAACAAAAAGAGUGAAACGGUACAA